AUGGGCCAGUUGUCCCGAAUUCAUCUUGAUCCGGAACCUUAUUUGAUCCAACGAUAUAACCAGAGAUACAAAAACGGUUUCAAUGGACAGUUUAUGUCUGUUCCUGGUAAGAAGACCAUUAUCACAGCUAAACAAGAUGUAAAGAUCCUAAUAGAUGAGCUCGAGUUCAACAUGAUGCAGACAUGUGGAUGUUUUCAAUUGCCCUCCGUGGAAAUUUGUUGGGAGCUUGUGAGAUCAUUUUUCGCCGAAAUGAUGCCGCUGCUACCUGUGGUGUAUGAGGACAAAUUUAUGGAGGACUACAAAGACCUGACCAAUCCACCCAGCAUUCUUCUGUUGCAGACCGUUCUGUACGGUGGCGCGUUCACGUACCGGCCGGGAAUUUCGGGAAAUCUGCUCACAAAGCAGGAAGCCAUGGAAACAGCCCAGAUAAUCGGUAAGCGAGCGCGGUUACUGCUGGAAUUGGGUUUCGAGCAGUACAACCCGAUCCCCAUCAUGCAGACGCUGUUGGUAUUCAUGUCCACCGUGAACGGGUAUAUAGAAAAGAGUGUGACAGACCAUCUUCGGCAGGCCGUUGCGUGUUCUCGAUUCUACGGCAUGCAUUUGGAUCAAUCAGACAACCAUGACCUUUCCGAGUACGAAAAGUACAUGUACCGUCUGUUAUGGAUGGUUUUGCAAAUCAAAGGUCAAUUCCGGGCGCUUGCUGCAGAGUCGCAGCUAUUUUUCAGCAGCAAAGACCGAACAAUUAAGGUGCUCACCAAAGAAGAGCUGUACACUGUGAAGCCGAUGGUACAAGACUUUUUGGUGUGGGCGUUCGAGAUCUGCAGCGUUGCCGAGGAGAUUGAUGGACAUCGGGUGCAGAUUGCUGCUCUUGUUGAAAGCGGUCAGUCUUACCUCCAUGUGUUUGAGAAGUCGGAGUUUAUGCUUCGGGACUACUACUCCAGGCUUCCUAGCCACCUGAAAUAUCUAGCCAGCGACCCCGAGUCGCAGACCGUGUGGUCGGCGUCAUUGCAUGCAGGAUACUGCACUCUGGUGCUUGUGAUCAAUACUCACAAGAGUUCGCGUGCGAUCCAGUACUCGCGACGGCUCACAGACAUGCCGAGCCACUUCACCUCGUGGCAGAUGACUUUCGACGCUUCGUGGUCGUUUUACCAGCUGAUGGAGGCAGAAAGAAAAAGAUGCGGCUACACGUACUUUGCCGUGUACAGCUUAUUUGGCACGUUUGGAUCAGCCAUCAACAUGACGUACCAUUUAAGAAAUGUGGACCCUGUUGUGCGGGACCGAGCAAAAGAGGCCCUUGAAGGGUUCCUCCGAUUGCUGCGCGCGGUGGAGAAGCUUGUUCCAACGGCCAUCAUGCUACAGGACACAAUCACCAAAGUGCAAGAAAACGAAAACUACUACUUGAAUAUGCUCACCGACACGCUCGAAAUGGAAGAGCAAGAUAAAGACAUUUGGGACAAGCUGAAUCAGUUUGUUCCCGACGCUCAAUGGCAACCGUGA